UGUAGAUUAACAAGCGCUACUUUAGAGCCUUUGAACACAACGAAGAUCUCCAACUCUCCUUCGUUAUUCGGUCAACAAACGCACCGACACUCUCACCCCUUAAAGUUCCUAUCCUUUAAGUCGCGUGAAUUUGAAGCAAUUGGCACCAUCCACCAUGGCGGAAAUAGCCCCCUGGAUAGAUUCCGUAUCGUCAGCUUCGACAAAGUUCGAAGCACGCGAAUGCGAAUCGUCCUCUCGAUCAGGAGGUCGCAAAAAGCGAACGCGUCGCUCUGAACAAAUACGACGAGUCCGUCCGCGACUCUUAUCACCCGCGCGUCCAACAUCAAUUCAUGAUUCACCCGAAGACUCAUCUGACGACGCGUCCGAAACUAAAUCCACAGCCGAUGCAUCAUCAUCAUCAUCAUCACCAUCAGCCAUCUCCUCCGGCCCUUGCUGGAACAUAGAGCCUACAUCGUUCACGAGACUAGACUCGCAAACUCUUGAGCGAAAUCCACGCGUUCUUCUCCAACAAUGCAACCCUCCGAUCCGCAUCCGACAACCAGAUCGCGACACUCAGAUCGCGUCGGCGGAUAAGCUUGAAGAGAUUCUUUCCGAUGGAUUCGCGACUGGUUUCAUUCCUUCAUAUUACAAGGACCACUUCCAAGAAGCCGACUCCAGAGCCUUGAGAAGCAUCAAGCCCCACAUGUUCGACCCCAAAGAGCUAAGUCCAAGAGAAAAAGACUUACUAGAGACCUUAUGGGAUCGCAUGGAGACCAUUUACGAUAGGGCGAAACGAUGCAACGACAACAGCAAGGACAAGAACGCCUGGGCGAGAGUCGUAUGGGAUGUGCUAGAAACCGUUAUUGAGAAUGAUUCAGGGUGUCUGGAGAUCAAUGAUGUUCAGUCGCAAGCCAUCCAUCCAAAUUUCCUGCCCCGGGAUAAGUCUGGGAAGGCAGUGUCCGCAACAGUGGACUUAGUCCUUGCCUUCAGCGGAAACACCGACAGCAAUGUCCGUCAAGUCUACGAGAAUCAUAGGUCGGGGAGUUUCGACGCCACGCUCAGCCCGAUGACGGACGUAUACACUGGUCGCCUUCUGCAUGCGUGUGCUAUACAGGUAGAAGCGCAUGGAGGCAAACCUAUGGAAGCCGAGAUGCGGCUUGCCGUCUAUCAUGCCGCCAUGCUGCGAAAGAUGCAAGAGACAAUCAUCAUGACGUGGGAAGGGAUAGACAUUGAUGCGGAAGCCGAACGCCUGAUCCCGUCAAUGGUCGGUUGGACUGUCAUUGGACACAAGUGGUCGUUGUACAUUUCGAGUCUAUUGCCCGACGGCAGCAUUUUGUGUCAGGGUCCUUUCGACGAACUAGAGGCUAGUACGUCUACUCGCCAGGGCGUACUUCUCCUGCUGGAUUUGGUGGAGCGCGUGGCAACCAUGUCAUCUGAGAUUCUCUGGCCCAUCAUGCGAGAACAACUCGUGGGAAACGGACUCAAAGGUUGGCUGCAUUACUUUGAAGCCGCAAAGGCAGACAAAUCGUAGAAAUCAAGAACGGAGGCAACACCUAUGCCAUAAGCGCCCGGGACUGGCUUCGUCUAUUCUUUACCCAAGAUUGUACAUUACUGAAGAUUUUGAGACUGUUGAUUGGGCUACAAUGUAUUCUAGAAAUCUGAUUUUAAGCGUUUAAACUACUCUUGUGGAGUACCUCUGUGUUUAGUGGGUGUCAAUUUAGAGUUUAGUAGGAUAUUCAGCUGGAGGCAUAGUAGGCUAUUGAUACUCCCACCCGCGGAUGAAAUAUCUGGGGCAAGGAGGCAGGGCUUUUCCUAUUCUGGAUAACGGAGUCUGAUCGUUCGUUCAUCCACAAGCUCCUUUCGAUUCUAAUGAUGAAUGGUAAUUCGGAAUGGGAUCUUGUCGGAUGUUUAUGGCCGGAAAACUAUUAAUUCUAUUCGAU